AUGGCAUUGAUCGACGGACAAGAAACCUACAUUGGCCUUAUUCUUAAAUGGAUACACGACAACAACAGUACAGAAGGCGUGGACUUCACACAACCGCACGUGCGCCGUUCUCUGAGGUACGUUUACCCCUUAUUUAUGUUCCUCCAUGCCGCUGUGGGAAUAUUUGGGUUGGUCGGGAACAUCGCCAUUCUCAUCGUCAUCGGCAAAAGAGGGUUAUACAAAGACCAGACAUUCUUCUUCCUGGGAAACAUUGCCUUCUCGGAUUUGAUCAAGUGUAUGUUUGUCCUACCGGUUACUUUGUCCAACUUAUUAAUCGGGAAUUGGGUCUUCGGAAGCUUUUUAUGUUUUUUCCUUCCAAUGAUGCAAUGUUUUCCUAUUCAUUCCACCAUGCUGACUUACCUGAUGAUAGCCAUUGACAGAUACCGUUUGAUAGUGACACCCUUUAAGGCGCGUGCGCCUGCCGGACUGUGUAUCAUAGGUGUAUGGGUGGCUGCGGUGUGCCUCGUAUUACCUUUCGCUGUUUAUCUUCGUUACAUUGACCUUGGCUCUAUAUUGGGUGACCGAUUCGAUGGGGUCGGUAUUUGUUACGUCAAUCAAGAACGGCACAUUGAAGAGUAUAUUCGGGCCAUGUUUGUGACGUUGUAUGCUAUGCCAUUAGCUGUGAUUGGAUUCCUUUGUGUUAAAGUUUCUGCUGAACUGAAAUCCUUGGAGACGGUAACUAUAUCAGUUCACUUCUCAGCGCCAUCGGAAAUGUGCACACAUUCGGAACAACCGUAUAACUCACGCAUCAGAUGGGCUGAUCCCGAUACCGAAUCGUCACGUUGUGAUACAGACGCUCCGAGUAGUGAAUCCAGAUCCCCAAAGGACUACACAGAUGGCACCACACAGGAUAGCGAUGAUGACAUUGACCUCGCUAAAGAAAAGAGGACACAAAAUUAUCUAAUCGCUAUGGUUACGCUCUUUGCUAUUUGUUGGUGUCCCCUGAAUAUUUUGAUUUUGGUACAAUUUUUCGUCCACGAGAAUGGCAAUAAUACUGGACAUUUUGACAUUACCUACACAACAUUCACUGUUUUUGGUUUCCUCUCCACAUGCAUCAAUCCUGUUCUAUUUGCCUCCUGGCGCAUGUCAAACUCGACGAAAGACCGCUUACGAGGUUAUUUCCGGUUUAGCAGCAGAAGCCGAACAGGAAGCCAGGUUUAA